GCCACAUGCUUGUUUUUCUUUUUUCUAAGAACCUUUUUCGCUGUGGCUGCUGUGACAAAUAAGACACGUUCAAUUAUUGAUCUCUUCUUGAAAAAUAUCCUGUGGGAGUUUGAUUCUUCUUCAAUAUUGGCGUUCUUUUGGGAAAGUGAUUGAGGAGCAGAGAUGGCUGAAUUCCUGUGGACUUUUGCUGUGCAAGAAGUGCUGAAGAAGGUACUGAAGCUUGCAGCUGAGCAAAUUGGUGUGGCAUGGGCCUUGGAUAAGGAGCUUUCCAAAUUGAGGAAGCGGUUACUCAAGGCUGAAACCAUUUUAGGUGAUAUUAACAGAAGAAAAUUAUGCCAUGAAUCUGUCAGGCUGUGGGUGGAGGAUCUUCAACAUCUUGUUUAUCAAGCCGACGAUCUGUUGGACGAUCUUGUUUAUGAAGAUCUUAGACAAAAAGUUGAGAUGGAAAAGAUAAAUAAGGUGCGCAAUUUCUUGUCACCUUCCAAUAAUCCUUUUCUGUUCCGUUUCAAGAUGGCCAAAAGAAUGAAGGCCAUUAGUGAAACUUUGUAUGAACAUUACUGCGAGGCUAGUGUUUUAGGAUUCGUUGGUGAGGAAUCCACAGAAACAACAUAUAAGAAUAUUCUCAGGCAGAUUCGAGAGACAACUUCAAUUCUUAAUUUUAAAGUUAUAGGAAGGGAAAUUGAAGUUCUGAAGAUAAUGAAACUUGUGAUUGACUCAAGCCAUGAACAUCGUAUGUCGAUCAUACCCAUCGUGGGUAUGGGUGGGCUUGGAAAAACAACUUUGGCAAAGAUGGUCUUCAAUCAUGAGUUGAUUAAAGAACAUUUUGAUAAAACUAUAUGGGUAUGUGUUUCUAAACCUUUUAUUAUUGUAAAUAUUUUGGAAGGGAUCUUUCAGAGUCUCACAAAUACUUCUAGUGGCUUGAACUACAAGGAGACCUUAUUUCACAGGCUUCAAAAGGAGAUGCAAGGUAAAAAAUACUUUCUUGUUCUGGAUGAUGUUUGGAAUGAAGAAGUUGCUCUAUGGGAUGAGUUAAGGGAUUGUCUAAAUGAGAUUGCUGAAAAAUCUGGAAAUAGUAUAAUUGUAACUACUAGAAGUACAGUAGUUGCAACUAUCAUGCAGACAGUUCCCAGUCAUCGUCUAAGAAAAUUAUCAGAUGAUGAAUGUUGGUCCUUGUUCAAAGAGAGUGCAAAUGCAAAUGGACUAUUAAUGAAUCCAGAGUUGGAGAACAUUCGAGAAGUGGUUGUCAAAAGAAUUGGUGGAAUACCACUAGUUGCAAAAGUUUUAGGAGGGACAGCGAAAUUUGAAGGUAAUUAUGAGAGAUGGGUGACUACAGUUGAAAGUAUAGUAAGAAAUAUUUUAAAUGAUGAGAAAGACUUUGUUUUAUCCACAUUAAAAUUAAGUGUGGAUUCUCUACCAUUGCUCUCAUUGAAGCAAUGUUUUGCAUUUUGUUCAAAUUUUCCAAAAGACUGUGAAUUUGUUAAAGAAAACUUAAUUCAAAUGUGGAUAGCACAAGGAUUUAUUCAACUAGAAGAAGGAGACAAUGUAGUAUUGGAGGAGAAUAUAGGAGAAGGUUACUUCAACUUCUUGUUGUCUCGCUCCUUAUUCCAAGAUGUAUCUAAGGAUAUCGAUGGGACAAUUACUCACUUUAAGAUGCAUGAUCUAAUACAUGAUGUUGCUUGUAUUGUUUCAAAUCAAAAGUUGGAAUUAGAUCCUCGUAAUUGGAGUGAAAAAGGUGUAAGAGCAUUACGCACAUUAGUUAUCAAUAACGGGGCGAUAAUUCAUAAUAAGUUGGAGGAUUCUGUUUAUUUGCGAGUUUUAGUAUUAAAUUCAGACUUUAUUAAAAACUUACCAGAUUCAAUUGGUAUGUUAAAGCAUUUGAGGUAUCUUGACAUUAUAGGUUCCCGCAUACGGAGGCUUCCAGAAUCUAUUACUAUGCUUUAUAAUUUGCAGAUACUAAAACUUAGAACAAGGAUAGAUCUUCCAAAGAAUUUGAGAAAAUUGGUCAGCCUGAGACAUUUGCCAUUCUUCUACAUUCACAUGGAGAAAAUGCCUUUACAUGUGAGUCAAUUGAUUCAUCUUCAAACAUUACCUCUAUACAUAGUAGGUUUUGAGAAGGGUCGUAAAAUUGAAGAACUUGGACCUCUAAACCACCUUAAAGGAUCAUUGCGACUCUUAAAUCUCGAGCGAGUGAAAAGUAAAGAGGAAGCCAUAGCUGCAAAGUUGAUCGAGAAAAAUAACUUAUGUGAACUAACCCUUCAUUGGAAUUCUUCCUCUUGUGGAGAAGAAGGUUAUAACAACCGCAAUGACUCGGAAGUAUUGGAAGGACUUCAACCACACAGAAAUCUUCAAUCAUUAUCUAUUUUUCACUUUGGCGGACACGCUUUGCCUAAUGUUGUUUUUGUUGAAAAUUUGGUUGCAAUAGUUCUACAAGAAUGUAACAAAUGUGAAAUGCUUCCAAUGCUUGGCCAAUUACCAAACCUGGAAGAACUCAGAGUUUCUUUUAUGGGGAGUGUGAGAAUUAUAGGGAGUGAGUUCUAUGGAAAUAACUCCAACUCAAGGGAACAAAUAUUCUUUCCCAAGUUGAGGCAACUUUCCUUCAGUCACAUGGAAAAGCUAGAGCAGUGGGAAGAGUUAUCAAAUGGUAUUAAUUUUCCUCAUCUUGAAACCUUAUCUAUGUUCUAUUGCUCCAAAUUAACGAGUGUUCCAGAUCAUGAAUUUGUAUCACUUCGAACUCUAAGAAUUGUGGGAUGUGAAGAACUGUCGAAAUUGCCAAGUAAACUAGAAUGUUGCAACUUCAUGAAGAUUUCUGGUUGUCCCAAAUUGAGGCUGAAUAUGCAUAAUAUGUGCAAUUUGAAUGAAUUAGAGAUUAAUGGACCAAUGGAAGAGUACGACUUCAGUUUCCUCAUGCACCAAUCUUCAGUUACAAAUAUUUUCCUGACUGAUAGCUUGAGAAAUGCAACCCAACUUCCUCAACAACUUCAGCAUCUCACAACCUUGAAAUCUUUAGCUAUAGAAUACUUUAAUGGUGUUGAAGCUCUACCGGAAUGGUUGGAAAAGCUUGCAAAUUUAGAAACAAUGGGCGUUUUUGAGUGCAAGAAUUUGAAACGAUUGCCUUCGCAACAAGCCAUGCUACGUCUCACCAAAUUGAAGCAUCUGCGUGUUCGUGGAUGUCCACUGCUACCACUCGGCCAAGGCGAUCUAGAGCGGGCCAAACUUUCCCAUCUUCCCAUCACAGUUGACAAUUGAGAAUUCAAGAAGAUGCAGAUGCGCCAGGAAAUGCUAAAGUGGUGUGCCAAAGAUGACAGAUCUGCAACAGAAAAGGAUUCCUUUCCAACAAAAUGAAAUGCUGAAUUUUCUAUUGCAAAAUUCAGACAUUGAAGAAUCUAUUUUCUCUGAGUCUAUUUUAUUGCAACCGUAGAUUACAGUUGUUGGAAAAGAAUUCCUGUUAUCUGUUCAUAAUCUCAUGGUUGGAGAUAUAAGUCAAUUUCUGUUAAGCUA